UUGCUGCCAAGCACCAGCCAGCUCAAAAACCGAGCUCACAAGCUGAGAAAGCGCGGCGAUUUCUCCAUCACGACGUACGCAGAUGCGAUGGAGUGGGCAUCGCCGAGGAUGUGCACAACGAAGGAGCAAUUCUUCCAGCAUAUGAGUUACCUGGUGGAGUCGGAUGAUGUGCGGAUAUUACAAGAGCCCUUCGGCUACCAGCACGAACUGCUGGUCCUGGACUGCUUUACCGAUCGCCUGGACGAUGGCGAACUCUCGCUCGGCAUUAUAUUCACUUCCCGGCGGUUGUUUCGGACUCUGCCACGAGUGAUUCUCGGUCAGCGGUCGCAAGUACUGGGUGCACCCGAUGGAACGUACAAGCUCCACUUUGGUGGAUGGACGCUUGUUUCGUUUGGUACUUUCGGUGUUCGAUACACAGCGUCACACAAGUACCAGCACAAGUUCUAUCCGAUGGCAUUCAUGUUUGUGCGAACGGAGACGGCGUUUGCUUACGCGCGGCUCUUCACAGUUUGCAGAGAGCGCGGUGAAUCGUUUUUCGGCGGCACCCUAACGCUUCAGCAUGGAUCCAUGGACCACUCGACGUCUAUUGCAAACGCGUUCCGACAAGAGUGGCCUGACAUCAAGCUCCUGAACUGCUGGCCUCAUUUGCAUCUUAAAGCCCGCGGCAAGAAGGCACAUCAGCAAACAGCAUCACAGGUCACUGUUAACUUCAGUCUUAGUGUGCGCAUAGUCAUACAAAAGCUAGUAUAUAUAUGUGUAUUCAUGACCAAAACGAAAUGUGCAUACUUAAGCAAACUUGUAGCUUUUUCCCCGUUUGGGUGUGUGGCGGGGGAAACCGCCUCUGCCACUCCAGCAACGUCUCUGUCUCUUAAUCCUACGGCGUCCUCGAACCCAAGGUGCUUGCGCGAGUCUUGCGCCGCCGCCGCGCGUGCGUCCGAAACCUCGUCCCGACUUGGGAUAGAUAUAAUAUUUCAAUAUGUCGUGUGUUGA